UUAAUACAAAACAUUUAGCAAUACUUUCAGUUUAACGUAGAUAUGUCAACAUAACAAGGCUAGUCGGUUAGGUAGUUGCGUGUAUGGCUGGCAUUCCUUAAAUACAGCUGUGAAAGCAAUAACAUCACCUCUUUGAAACGUCACCCGCUUACAGUCUUGCAAGCGACGGAGGUUCUAGGCCAUGCAUUAUGCAAACAUAGAGCAUUCACAGAAACGACGGUUGGGUAAAGUGAAGUGUUGUUUAACCAACGAUUUCAGCGAUUCCUUACAAGAAAGCUUCAGUUUAAAUGCUUUCUAUCAAUCGUGCAAGCUGUCAUAUCAAUAAUAGAUUUACGUCCUACGGUUAUUGUAUCAAUAACAUAAGCUACAAAGAAUGUAAGGUUGUGCCGACUGUUAAAUGCCAAGGAGAAUACGGUAACGAAAAGCGACGUCACGUUAGCGAGCUAUCACGUCGCAAUCAGCAUACUUUAGUACGAGAUUUAAAGUUUAAUGCGUUUGAAACAUAGCUGCAGUUACACUAUUGUAGAUUGUAGACGUAGAAUAAUUAAUUUUAAAAUCAAAAUUUAUGAUUGAAGGAUUGCUUGAAUUGGCAUUAAAUUUGUACUAAAAAGAAAGUUUAAAAAAAGUUAACAAAAGUCCUGGGAAGUAGUCACAAAGCGAUUCUCGAAUGGUGUAGUUUCAACAAAGCGGAACAAACUAUAGUUUAAGUUUCACGAGGUAUGUUACUACUAGGGAAUUAUGUAACAAGAAACGUAGUUUUCACUCAGCAGCUACAUGGUAGGAAGCUAAAUUUGACUUUUAUUUAAUAUAGUGCAGAGUAAUAGAUAAUCGUAUUUGAUAUAAACUUAAAAUGUUGAAGUAAACUAUGUAAGCACACCACUUGUAAAUAGUAAAGGUUGUGCGUGUGUUGAAAUGUUAGCGGUUUUUGGUUCAUUUCCUUUUAAGUCGCAUAUUACAGUCGGUUUUGUUAGCAAGUUUGUAUAUCAAAUAUUCCGAACCAGAGUUUUGAACAUUCGCUCAACCCAAAGUUGGUAGAGAACUUAAUCGAGAGUCAAAAAACAACAAAUUGUUUGGGAGGCUGAGUUAGUCACAUUUAAGUGAGGCCUUAAGAGUAAAUUAAGUUCAGGCUUCAGUGGUUUUGGUUUGGUGGUAAGAUGCUUACGCACUACACUCACGGGAGAAGUACAAAUCAACAAAUGUAUUUCAUAACACUGUGUUUAUCCGAGUAUAGUGUAACACAGUAGUUUAUAAUAACAUGUACAUGUUUUUGUAUAAAAUAUAAUGGCAUGUUUACGACUGCGUAUAUUGUACAUGGCUGUGGUAAAUUGUCAGGUUUUAAUCGUUUAAUACACGUGAUAAAUCUUACAGAAGUUAGGAAAUUACGGUUUUUGCUCACCUAAAGUUAUUAAAUCAUCUUGUUAUACUUACAAGAACCACUAGACGAAUAUUGAAACGACGAAACCUUUUUAGCGAUAAGGUCAAAAAGGCAAAAGGAUGAUAACACAGAGGAUGCAAAACGUCAAGGUCAGGGAUAAUAACAGGGCGAAAGUAUUGCCAUCGUUUAACUUAUCAAUUAUAUAUGUCAUAUUCUACAUAAGCUUGUUCAAAGCGAACGACAGAACGCAUGCUUCUGCGCGUCUCGUCAAGCAAAAUGACCAGCAUACGUCAAAGUUGCAGAGGGUUGAUACCCAUUCGAGCAUACCUCAUGAGACAACGAACAGAAUGGGAUUAUUAUUCACAUUAAUAAACCAUGCUGGUGAUACAAACAGAAAUAAAAGGAAUACUGACACGUUUGAUGAGCCUUUAUAUCAAUCAUACAGUAACUGCCAAUACAAAGAUGUAUUUUAUGGUGCGGUAUUUGAAUGCGACCCAGUGAUACAUUUAAAGUUUGGUCGUGCAUCCCAACAACAAGGAAGAAGCAACAUCACCGUGUAUCAUCAAGGUCGCCCAGUUUUGUAUGACGUAACAAGGCAAUGGAGUGUACCUUUAAACACAAGUGAUCUACGAUUAUGGGAGCAAGAUAUAUCAAUUGUUGGAUCAAAAUCAUUUAUCCGUCUGAAUAAACUUCGAUCUUUGCAUUUGGGGAGAAAUCAGAUUGCCUAUUUAUCGAAACAAGCAUUUAACGGUUUGACAAACCUUCAGGAACUUGAUUUGUCCUUCAAUCGACUUCAAUCCAUUCCAAGUUGUUUGUUUGCUACUCUACCGCACCUACAAACGCUGAAAUUAAACAAUAAUGAAAUUGAAAAUAUUCAAAGCUCGUCACUACUUGGCCUAUUUUCCUUGACGUCACUGGAUCUGUCAAGUAAUACGAUCAGAGAAAUCGCUGAUAAUUCUUUCAGCUCGCUUCCUAUCGACAGAAGCAUCAUAAUUAAUAUUCGAAACAAUCGAUUGACCACUCCACGGUUCAGGUGGCUUUUAUUCGAAGCAACAUCCACGUGUGGCGUCACAAGCAACCCGCAGCAAAUAAAUAUCCACCGACAACUAACACCAAGAACAAACUUAACGGGGACACGAAAUUCUUUGUUAAUACUCAGAGCUUCUUUUAAUCCGUGGGAUUGCUCAUGUAGGAAUAACGGCCACACUUUUGAAUUUGUCAAGCAAACCAUUACGUCAUUUAAAAGAAAUGGCUCCGGUCACGGUUGGGAGAUCAUUAUGCCUUGUGCAACGCCCACUGCCAUGAAAGAUAAAAAUAUUGCGAAUCCCGCAGAUGUCGCCAGAGGGUUGCAUAGUCUGUGUUGUCAGAAUCAAAGCCGUGAAAUCAAUUCUACAUGUCAUUAUAUCGGCAGAUGGAUGAGUUUGUCGUUAAGUAAUAACAGCAUUGACAAUAUACCACAUUCCGAUUCUCAAGUCACGAUAAUUGGAAUUGUUAUCGUGAUUGCAUUUCCCGUUUUACUAAUGUUUUGUCCCGACUGUGACAAAACAGUCGGGCCUUAUGUUGUCACAGGUCAAGUUGACAUUGGCCACGUUGGUGCUCGAAACUCUAACAACAACAGAUUUAUUUCUGAAAGAAAUCGAAAUAACAACUCCAGUGUAAUUUGUAAACAAAUCAACGUAACAUGUGACGUCACAUACGACAUAAAUGCCUCAAUAGCGCAAAUUCGACUGAAAGAAGAACGUUUAAAGUUUGUGCAUUGGUUAAAUGGGUCUCAGGUACCAAACAUGUCGACCGGUUUUGUGACAUAGAGUAAAAUGCGAUAUGUUUGUUAUCAAGAUAUUGUUAUAUAUUUGGACAUGAUGUUUAUUGAAAGUUAAUAUUAUAUGUUUUUUUUAUUAUUUUAACCAAUCAUUACAAAAAUCUCAGCGCAUAUUUUCUACCUGUUACACGUUCAUAUAUCAAAUAAAGAACUUCAAUAAUCGGUGGAGCCGAGUCCCACUGCGAGUGGGAAGUUUCGGUUUGCGGGCAUUAUAUCGACUGCGUUGAUAUUGCUAUCUACGUAUUUAAUAUUGUCAUCUAUCCUCAUAUGAAGCAAGCAAAUAAAGUAUACAAGUUUAAUGUAUGAUGAUUUUAGCGGUCAUCGUAAAACUCAUGACUCUGAAAGAGGCGGUAACCAUUUUAAACCAGUACCUAGAACCUUUAACAUCGCUUUUCCUUUGGGUAAUUGCAUCAUACCUGAAAUAGAGAUACAGUGUCUACGUUUACGGGAUAUUAUAUUACCCGUCGCCCCUGCAUUACGGCAAAGACAGCGAUACUGCUGUAACCAACAGUGUCCCGUGGUACGAUAUAACCACUCAACG